GGGCAGAGUGUGUUUCUUUUUUUUUUUUUUUUUUAUUGUUUGGGUCCAAACAGAGGACCAAAGAUUCUUUGUUCUUUAACAUUUUCCUUUCGCAGCGAAGGCAAAGCGUAUUUCUCGUGAACCUCUCCCACUUCUUCCUUCUUUCCUACCCUUUUUUUUUUUUUAUAAUAAUCCUCAAAAAGGCACCCCCACGCCUCGCCGCCGUUACUAGAGGCGGAGAGAUGACGUCAGAUGGGGCGACGUCGAUGCCGGCGCCAAGGAGGAAACCGUCGUGGAGGGAGAGAGAGAAUAACAGGAGGAGAGAGAGGAGGAGAAGAGCUGUUGCUGCUAAGAUAUAUACUGGCCUUAGAGCUCUAGGAAAUUACAAUUUGCCCAAGCACUGUGAUAACAAUGAAGUCCUCAAAGCUCUUUGUGCCGAAGCUGGUUGGUUCGUUGAAGAAGAUGGCACCACUUAUCGAAAGGGAUGUAAGCCACCUGCAAUGGAUAUACCGAGCAGUUCAGCUAAAAUUACCCCAUUUUCAUCCCAAAACCCGAGUCCAUUGUCUUCUGCAUUUCCAAGCCCAAUUCCUUCCUGUCAAGUCAGUCCUUCCUCCUCUUCCUUCGCUAGUCCCACUAGGCUUGAUGCUGCUAAUAACCCGUCUAGUCUCCGUCCAUUCCUUCGAAGCGCCAUUCCUUCCUCUCUGCCUCUUCUCAGAAUCUCAAACAGUGCCCCUGUGACACCACCACUUUCAUCCCCAACCUCAAGAAACCCCAAGCCAAUACCCAACUGGGAGGCCAUUGCGAAAGAGUCCAUGGCCUCUUUUAACUAUCCUUUUUAUGCUGUAUCUGCCCCUGCUAGUCCAACCCACCGUCAUUUUCAUGCCCCUGCUACUAUACCUGAAUGCGACGAAUCUGAUACUUCCACGGUUGAAUCUGGUCAAUGGAUAAGAUUUCAAAUGUUUGCGCCUUCAAUAUCUCAAGUGCCGACGUCUCCAACAUUUAAUCUUGUGAAACCUUUGGCUCCACAAAAUUUGCCCAAUGAUUUGAUCAAAGAGAAAGGGCGAGGUUCAGAGUUUCAGUUUGAGAGUGGACAGGUGAAGCCGUGGGAAGGAGAGAGGAUUCAUGAAGUAGGCUUAGAUGAUCUGGAGCUCACGCUCGGAAGCGGGAAGGCUCGGUGUUAAACCAAGUGAGGCUAACAGUCCAAUGUUGUUGUGAAAGUAUGUUAAAACAGAAGAAAAAGCUGUUUUGCCUAGCCCUCCCCGGUUCUCACUGUCAGAUAUUGAUGAAAGAGCAUUCUCAGUUCUGUUGUUUCAUCUAAAUUGGAAAGCCUAAACCAAAGUUGGGAGGAAUUACAUUUUCAUCUGCAAUCGUUCCUUUCUUUCUUUCUUUCUUUUUUUUUUUUUUUUUUUUCAGUUAGUUUAUGCUUACAUUCCCUUGUUGAAUUGUUAGGGAAUUGGGUUGCUUUUACAAGCAUUAUGGAGUUGUUUUAUCUUUCCUUUAGGCUUUGUAGGCUUGGGUUAAACCUCACAGAAUGGAAUUAUUCCAGUGGUUUGUACUGUCAAUGGAUGUAUGAAUUAUGAUCAUGUUGGUAAGAUUUUU